AUGAAUGCCCUGUCUUUCGCCCAUAGCAACGACGUCAAAGAGCUGGAGCGAAAGAUCACUGCCAUUCCCAGCGAUUUCCUUGGCCCUGCUGACGAUCCUGGGAAAUCUCCUCUCUUCGAGCAUGGCCUACUGCACGACGACCCCACUGCGACGUGCAAUCACCAGAUCGAUCACCCGCUCGACCCGGAACGCCCCGACAUACGCCCUGUGUUUGAAUACGUCCGUACGCUCUUUCAUGAGUCGGUGUCCAAGGGCUGGCCUCGCUACAAGGUCACCGUCGAUGGACGGGUCUACCUGAUUGGGAAGCCGAUCACGGACCCCUCUGGUCUGAUUGGUCGUGGCACGCGAGGGUACGUCGCUGUGGAGUGGGAGACUCAACGCUUCGUCUUCCUGAAGGAUGCGUGGAGGCCAUACUAUGCGGACCUUGAGUACGAGGGCGAUAUGCUUCAGAAGCUGAACACAGCGAAAGUUAGCUGUGUUCCUACUCUCGUCUGUCAUGGCCGCGUUGAAGGGCAGGAGACGGAGGCGUCGGAGUACUCGCCGAUCACUGGCCACAAGACGAUAGUGGUUGCAGAGGUCUGCCUCGAAGUGACGUCUUUCCUGUACGGACAACAGCUGGCUCGUGUCAUAAUGCAUUGCAUCAACGGUGAGCAAACAGCUAUGUCUAUGUGGAGGGGCGCUCUAACACCUUCCGAUGUAGCCCACUGGCAAGCUGUGAAGAAGUGCGAUAUACUGCAUCGUGAUGUUAGCGCCAGUAAUAUCUUGAUCCUACCCACUAUCAAGUCUGGGUGGAUCUAUUGGACUGGGGUUUUGAGCGAUUGGGAGCUCUCCAAGUUCCUUUCCGGGGCCGGGAAGGAUCUCAAGGCUCGUCAACCAUUUCGAACGGGCACCUGGUACUUCAUGUCCAUUCGCUCUGUCGCGUAUCCUCACCGUCCCCUUGGUAUUCCCGACGAGCUCGAAUCCUUUCUCCACGUGAUCAUCUUCCUCGCUGUACGUCUCGUGCAUAGCAACUGCGGCUUGCACAUGGUCCAUGCAUUCAUUACCAAGUACUUCGAUGACGCGGAACAGCACUGGGAUGGCCGGCCUAUUUGCAGUGAGACAAAAGUGCAAGCCAUCAAGCAGGCCGUGAUCCGCUCCGGGGACACGCCCAUCGCUUUCUUGACUGGCGAUGAGACGCUCGAUGAGGCUAACCAGCCACUCGAGGGGGAUGGAGAGCCUCGUCAUCCUCUCCGCGACCUGCUCGCCGAGCUGCUCAAGCUCUUUCAAGCUCGUUACGCGGUCGAGGAGUGGGAGGCUCGCUCGGCCCAAGUGGCUCGGGCGAAAGAGACGGCCACGGGAUCGCUACCUUCGCGACAAUCGACAAUUGCAUCUCGAGAUGGAGCCUUUCAACGACCGCCUAGCGAACUUGAGCCUUUUGACAUCGAGCCAGAGGACGCUACCACGGCCGACGUGUUCUCUGGACCCACCAAGCCGAGCGACAAGACGUUUGAGGAGGCACGGAAGCUCGACAGCCACCUUGCUGUGCUGCAAGUGUUCAAGCGUUAUGUGGCCAACCCUAGAUUCGUCUGGCCUCUUGACGAUAAGGUCAAGGACGGACUGGACGGAUACCAACCUCCC